AUGAGGGAUGUCUGUGAGAGCAAGAACCUCUUUGUGGAAACAGGCGACCCUCCGCUGUUCCCCGCCAACUCACAGACACCUCCUGAGAUGUUCUUAUUAAGUUACUGGACCCUAUACGCAGCCUUUCUCGCCCUGUUCUGCUACCCAGGGUCUGGUGAGAAGGCAUUCGAGGUAUACAUCUGGACAGAGAAGGUGGUGGUCCAGCCUAGUGGGUCCUUGAAAGUCAACUGUAGCACCAAUUGUGCCCAGCCAGACACAGGUGGUCUGGAGACCAACUCACCCAAGACUCUAGAGGACUAUCGGCUCCAGUGGAAGCAAUACUUGAUCUACAACAUCUCUGAGGACAUUGUCCUCUAUUGCCACUUCACCUGCUCUGGGGAACAGCAAUCCAAGAGGUCCAGCAUCAGCGUGUACCAGCCUCCAAAGCAGGUGAUGUUGAAGUUGCAGCCCACCUGGGUGGCAAUGGGUAAAUCCUUCACCAUUGAGUGCAGGGUACCCACUGUGGCACCCCUUGAGAGCCUCACCCUUACCCUGCUCCGUGGCAAGGAGGCCCUGCACAACCAGACCUUCAAGAGGGCAGUACCUUCCCCCCAAGAGGCCAUAGCUACACUGAAUGUUACAGCCCACAGAGAGGACGCCCAUUACAAUUUCUCAUGCCAGGCGGAGCUGGACCUACGCUCUCUCGGUGGGGACAUUAUUCGCAGAACCUCAGAACCCCAGGUGCUGCAGGUCUAUGAGCCCAUACAGGACAACCAGAUGCUCAUCAUCAUCACAGUCAUGUGUGUGCUUCUGUUCCUCUUCGUCAUGUCUGUCCUGCUCUGCUUUUUCUUCGGCCAGCACUGGCACCAGAACAGGACAGGCGCCUACGGGGUACGAGCAGCCUGGCGGAGGCUGCCCCGGGCCUACCGGGCACAGCAGGCAUGA